CACUUUAUCUCUCUCUAACUUUUUACCUCCCCCUCGUUCAAGGUCACCGAACCUGUUCACUUGGGACAAACAAAAGGGAUUAGUAGAGAGAGAGAGAGAGACAGAGGAGAGCCAACCAAAAAAAAAAAUAGCAGAGAGAGAGAUGAAAGGGUAUUCUCUGUGGUGGUUAAGCAUCGUGGAGUUGCAAAAGAAGAUAAAAAUUGAGUUGAGUUAGAAGUUAGCAGUAGCAGUGUUUCAGAGGUUGAGAGGGGGUGGAAGAGAGGAAACUCAAAAGGGUUUAAGUGUGUGAACUGUGAAGUGAAACAAGAAAAUAAAAGGAAAAGGCAUAUAUAUUAGAGAGAGAAAGAAAGAGAAAGAGAAAGAGAGUGAGAGAUGGUGGGCUCAGGAGCAUCAGAUAGGAGCAAAGAAGCUGUUGGGAUGAUGGCCCUUCAUGAGGCCCUCAGAAGCGUCUGUCUCAACACAGAAUGGACUUACUCUGUCUUCUGGACCAUCCGUCCUCGCCCAAGAGUCAGAGGUGGUAAUGGUUGCAAGGUUGGAGACGACAACGGCAGCUUAAUGUUGAUGUGGGAAGAUGGAUUCUGUCGAGGAAGAGUUGGGGAUUGUCUUGAAGAGAUUGAUGGUGAAGAUCCUGUCAGAAGAGCCUUCAGCAAGAUGUCAAUUCAAUUAUAUAAUUAUGGAGAAGGGUUGAUGGGGAAGGUGGCAUCUGAUAAGUGUCAUAAAUGGGUAUUCAAAGAACCAACAGAAUGUGAACCAAACAUAUCCAACUACUGGCAGAGUUCUUUUGAUGCUCUUCCUUCUGAAUGGACUGAUCAGUUUGAGUCAGGAAUCCAGACAAUAGCUGUAAUUCAAGCUGGCCAUGGCCUUCUACAGUUGGGUUCUUGCAAGAUUAUACCUGAGGACUUGCAUUUUGUGCUUAGAAUGAGGCAUACAUUUGAAUCUCUAGGCUACCAGUCUGGUUUCUACCUCUCCCAGCUCUUUUCUUCAACCAGAAACACUUCCUCUUCUUCUUCACUCCCUUCAAAGCAAUCCCCGAUUCCAAUACGCCCGCCUGCUCCGGUCUUUAACUGGGGCCAAAGGCAACUUCCAUCUGCAACGUCUAUGCUUUCUUCACCCAAUUUCCCAAACUCUGCCAGGCUUGGAUUCCCACAAGCUAAAGAUGAGACCCAUAUGUUCCUCCUACCUCAUUCGUCCGAAACCCGACUCGAAGCCAUGGUGGCCGGAGAGCAUGAAAACGACAUCAAGUGGCCGAAUGGGCUGUCAUUCUUCAAUGCUCUCACUGGACGUACUGAUGACGCCAAGCUGUUGUUUAACGCGGAGAGCUUAGGAAACAAACCUGCAGACCAGAAUCACCACCCUCUAAACCCUAAUUCGGAUGCCUCAAACAUGCAUAAUGGUGGUGGAGCAAACCCUAAUGACUUCUUGAGCUUGGACAGCUGCCAUCCAGACAGUGCAAGAAAGCUUGAAAACAAAUUUAAGAGGAGCUUUACUUUGCCUGCUAGAAUGACUUCAUCCUCUUCUUCAACAUCUGUUGAUCACCAUCAGCACCAGCAUCAGCCCGAGUAUAGGAAUUCGGAGGCGGCCGGUAUGUACUCCUCCGAUGUCAUGGAGACAUUCUUGGAGUGAAUUGAAGAGGCAGGCAGGCUUGUGUUAGGAUGUUGAUCUAGGAAAAGCUUUGUGUUCCUUAAUUUACUGCUCAUGUUUCUUCUUGUGCUUGUUUUGAUGCUCUUUGUAUGUCGUGUUUCUUUCAUCCAUUACUAUUGACUUCACCAUCA